UCUCCGAGAGAUAAAAACUGGACCCCGGCGUCUCCGCACUCCUUCAUCCAUCUGCGCAACUCCGCCACCCAACAUGGACUGCGGCAUCUUCACCUCCAAGUCCGUGCUCCUCUUCCUCAGCUUGGUAUUUUGUGCUGCAGGAGCGGCGUUGGCCUACAUCGGCACCUACGUGAUCCACAGCUACAUCAACUUCAACAGUUUCAUUCAGGACAAGUAUGCGCUGGUCCCAGCAGCCAUCACCAUCGGCAUCAGCGUGGUGAUGUUCGUGAUUGGUCUGGUGGGAUGCUGCUCCACGCUACGGGAGUCCAAGUGCGGCCUCUGCUUUUUCUUUCUGGUCAUCAUGAUGAUGUUUGCGGCUGAAGUCACUGCUUUGGUGUUUAGCUCCAUCUACCAGGGCAAGAUUAGCGGAGACCUGCAGCGCUCUAUGAAUGAGUCCUUCUCAAUGUAUGAUGGUCAGGGCACUGAGUCCAAAGGUGUGGAUUACUUGCAGACUCAGCUGCAGUGCUGUGGAGUUAACUAUUUCACCAGCUGGUCCAACACGACCUGGUCCAGAAGCCAAAACAACACAGUGCCUCUGUCCUGUUGUAAAAACAGCAUCACACAGUGCACUGGCAGAAUGGACCAACCAAACCUCCUCAACGUCAUGGGUUGUGAGCUCAAGCUGAAGAGCCUCAUAGAGGAUGUGUGGGGAUACGCCACGCUGGUCAUUCAGGGCUUCGCCAUCGUCAAGUUCUUCGGGAUGACUAGCGUAUGUGUGAUCACCUGUAGAAGUGGCAACCGGAGGAGAGGCUACCAGCCUCUCUAUGCCUGAAGACCUCCACCACCUCCACCCCUAGGUGUGCUGACCACUUGAAAACAGGAGGCCUCCUUAUUCUGCUGUGUACUGAAGCAUACAGGUCCAACAUGUAGAAGUCUAAUGGAACACAGUAGAGCAAAUACCUCCGCCAAGGCCCAAUAAUCCUACACAACGCUGUCGAGUUCUUAUCAUAGAAAUAAAAAAGAUUAUAAAGAAAGUGGUCUGAUACAUUGAAUGGUUUCCGCCCAGGGCCCAUCCCUCCACCAACUUUGUGGAAAUUGGUUUAGUAGCUUUUGUGAAUCCUGCUGAUAAACACAAAACAGCAAACAAAUGCAAGUGAAAACAUAAUCUUCUUGACGGAGAAUUUCAUAUAAACAACAUACAGGUGGCAAACUCAAAAUAUAAUUUCUCCUCAGACAAGAUCAACAUGAAUACGUCCAAUUUUGAGUUAUUGUCUUAAUGUCCCUCAGGAGAGUCCCUGAGGUGUCCAUGUUGGUUGAGCUGUCAAAUGUUUCUUUACUGUCACAGGCCAAGGACAGUGAAACAAUUCUUCAGUAAUUAAAUUGUUAAAAAUACUGCCCCCUGUUGGAUUUUGUUAGCUCGAAGCAGUUUUCUCCUUGCUGCUGGAUCAUGUUGAUAUUCUUCCAAAGAACAUUCUUCUUUGAAAUGUAUUGUAGCAAAAGAUUGCAAACUAUGUUUUAAGCUUUUUGUGAUUAUGAACAAAAGAAAUUAAAAGCAGUUAAAUGCCUUAUUUAGAAUUGCAACUGACAAUUGGAUGAAGUAUAUGCAUAUAAUGUUAAAUGGUCAGUUGACUGUUUUUAAUUAGGUCACAGUUCUCGUACGUAGUUUGACUUUUGGUUGUUAUUGUGUUUCUAAAUUAAAAAGGUCAAUAUUUCACAAUAA